UUUGGAACAUGAACACGCAGCAGCCAGAAAUACAGCUUGGGUGAACCCGAAAUAAAAUUAACAAUAAAAUAAAAUAUGAAUAGAGACGGGACUAUCAUCCAUGUAUGAAUAUAAACAGUUGGUGGCGGUAUGUGCCUAUGGUGCGGAAUACGCCAAAAAUUCCAAAGAAGAAGAAGAAGAAUUUGAAACAGGCGCUUAUCGGACAACCCUCAGUGGUGGAGCGGGGACCUAUAAUAGUGACCAAUAUGGCGACUCACAGUGGAAGGUCGGUGUUAUUCGUGUGCUUGGGGAAUAUCUGCAGAUCCCCAAUCGCUGAGGCUGUUUUCUGGAAAAUGGCCACAGACAAUGGGGUGGUGAACAAGUGGAGAAUAGACAGUGCCGCCACAUCCACCUAUGAGAUCGGAAACCCCCCGGAUCACCGCGGCCAGGCCUGCAUGAAGCGACACGGCGUGUCUAUGAGGCACGUGGCGCAGCAGGUCACCAAAGACGACUUCAUGACUUUUGAUCACAUCCUCUGCAUGGACGAAAGCAAUUUGAGCUGUUUGGUGUGUGUUGCAGCGUUUUGCUCCUGGGAGACUGUUGCAGAAAGAACAGGGAGUGAUAAAGACUUUGAGACGGUGUAUGAACAGUGUGUGAGGUGCUGCAAAGCCUUCCUGGAGCAGCACUCAUAA